AACGAUCAAUCGGCGCGUAUGGCGUCGAACGAAGAGGAACGAGUGGAGUUAAACGGCACCGAUCUGGAAGAGGUCGUCAUCGAGAGGAGAAGAGUUGCUCCUGCUUUUGAGCCGACCAGAGUUCGAGGAAGAGAAGUUCUACUCGCUAUUACCGUAUUUUUUAUGACCUCAUUAUGUAUAGGACUAAUUGUCUGUUUAACAACUGUGAAACCGGCGUUUAGUACGGCUGAAGGUCGCAGACAAGAACUAUGCGAAGAUGAAUCUUGUUUGAAAUCUUCUGUUUAUAUAACGAGCAAGGCAAACUUUUCGGUUGAUCCCUGUGAAAACUUUUACAACUAUGCGUGCGGAAAGUUUGAGAAAAAGAAGGCUUUUGGCGACCAGGUUGACGACGAGAUCUUAGCGGAGGUAAAUCAGAGAUUAAGGAAGGUGAUUGAAAAUCCCAAACAAAAAGAUUCUGUAGUCGAAAUGUAUAAAUUAUUAUACGAAACUUGUCUGAAGUCGAUUGAAAGGAAAGAUAGAAACCAGACGGAAGAUUUUAGGAAUAUUUUGAAAGACCUCGGCGGUUGGCCUAUAUUAGGUUCUUCAUCUGGAGGAAAGAAAAAUAUAGAUCUACAAGAACUUCUACAAAGAGUGUACGAAUUAAGACACACGGAUCUCUUUUAUAUUACAGUUUCCGAAUCGGCUUUCCAAGAGAAGAAGCAAGUGAUCAAGGUCUUAACGGCAGUUCAGAUAUUAGAGAAUAAUUAUGAAGAUUUAACGGACAUAAUAAAAAAAAUGAAACAAGCUGCUAUCUCUCUAGGAAGUACAUUAACUGGUAAAGAAAUUGAAGAGCAAGCAUUGAAAGUGGCCACUCUUCGGAAGGAAAUAUAUCAGAUUGCCAGUAAAACUCAUAUAACUGAGAAAGAACAGACGAUAAGCGUUUCCCGUCUGCAUGAACAGUCAAAAGAGAUCAACUGGUUAGAUUUAUUAAAGUUGUUCGAUAAAAGUUUAACAGUGAAAAGUAUCAUUGAAUUAUCUCCGAAUUUAGAGUAUUAUGGGAGAUUAUCCGAAUUAUGGCGUAAAACGGAUAGAGACACUCUAAUCAAUUUCCUCUUGUGGAACAUCUUAUUAUACUAUAGUGAGAAGAUGAAGGACAUUUCUUCACCUUUCUCACAAAAUUCUAACGAAAAAGAGUCAUGGAAAAAAUGUGUAAAUGUCGUGACCUAUUCGUUCUCCUCUGCAAUCGGUUGCGAUUAUUCAAAGACUUAUGGUGGAGACUCAAAAAAUAUUCGAAAUAUCAUCGAAAGUAUUAGAUCUGUAAUGAAACAAAAAAUCGAAGAGGCGAGUUGGAUGGAUGAUAAAACAAAGAAGCGUGCUGUAACGAAGUUGAAAAAAUUGACGUAUAACCUCGCUUGUGAAGAACAAUUUACCCUUGGAAAUAAAAAGAGAAUUAACUUUUAUAAACACAUAAACUUAAAGCCUUCGGAUUCUUACAUUGCUAUGUUGAAGAAACAGGCCAAAUUUGAAAUGUUCAAGAUACAAAAACAAAUAAAAUCGGGACGUCGUACAGAGUGGGCAAUAUAUUUAUUCAGUAUAAAUGCUGUUUAUCAUUUCCAGCAAAAUUGGAUGGCUAUCGCGGCGCCCCUGCUAACAGAACCAUUCUAUUCUAAAACUGUACCACGGUACAUCAACUACGCUAAACUAGGAACAGUAAUUGGACAUGAAAUUACUCAUGCCUUUGAUGAUCAAGGUUCGCAAUUUGAUGAGAAUGGUUCUCUGAAAAACUGGUGGGAUGAUAGUACAUUACAGAUAUUCCGACAAAGAGUGGAUUGUAUCAAAAGUUUUUAUGCUAAUAAAACUUUCCGGGGACUUUCAAUUUUUAAUGAACAAUCUUUAGCUGAGCAUAUAUCGGAUAUUGGUGGUAUUCGAUUAGCUUACGAAGCAUUCACGAAGGAAAAGACUCACAAAAUAUUACCUGGAUCAAAGUUACCAUCUUCAGAAGAGCAAAUAUUCUUCCUAUCAUACGCCCAGAAUUUCUGCUCUAAAGAGAAAGAGAGUACGACGAAGACGACCAUUACCAUUGGGCAGCAUUUACCUGCAUCACUUAGAGUUCUGUAUAGUUUGCAACAAGUACCAGAAUUCUCGAAGGCGUUUAACUGUAAAGACGCAGACGAAAUGAAAGCGAGGGAACAGUGCAGUGUUUGGUGA